CAGAAGAAUCCCCCCUCUACGUCAACGCAAAACAGUUCCAUCGCAUCCUCAAGCGACGCGUCGCCCGCCAAAAACUCGAAGAACAGCUCCGUCUCACCUCCAAGGGCCGCAAGCCUUACCUGCAUGAAUCACGACACAACCACGCCAUGCGCAGGCCCAGAGGUCCAGGAGGCCGCUUCUUGACCGCAGACGAAGUAGCCGCCAUGGAAAAGGCACAGGGCGGAUCCACCUCCACAAAUAACUCUGCCUCCACCAACGAGAACAAAGAAGUCACCGGCCAGAAGAGGAAGAGCAUAGCCGAGUCUUCCUCUUCUCCGGGCUCCAAGAAGGCCAAAACAUCCCCCCUUAGAACAGGCGCCAAUGCAAACGUCGCUGCUGCCCCUGCCGAGACCAGUGACGCCGAGGACGAAGAUGGCUGACCUCCAUCUCCUCCACCUCCUGGCUCGCUGGGUCGAUUUCUGCUGCUUCCUUCCGUUAUAUAUACAUAUCAUUAUACCCCUCUCGUCGUCGUCUCGUCUAUCUCGCUUAGUCCUCUCAUCUCGUUGUUUCGUCUUUUCCUCUUCUUUCAGCAUGAGCGCGGCGGAUGGAUAGGAUAGGAUGGACCGGUUUCUUUUCCUCUUCUUUUGUUUUAUCUGUCUAUUUCGUUUGUUCUCUCUUUUGUCUGUCUAUUCCCGCGUGUAUCUGAAAAAAUUGAAGCUAAAGAGUGUCUAGGGCGAUCCUAUGUAUUGUUUUGUCUAUCUUUCUUUUCUUGUUUGUUAAUUAGUUGCGUCUUGUCGAUAAGAGUGAUGUGAUGAUGCAAAUCAAGCUCGGUAUAUACAUAUAUAUCUUCUCCAUACUAUCUCUAUAAUAGUAGCAUCUUGAGUGUCUUGAUAGUAAUAUCUGAUAGUAGCGGUGGUUUAAAGUGGAUGACUAAUGAGGCUGUGCUGACUAACUGUGGCUCGUUCACCUCUACUUCGACCUUCAUCCAUGCAAUCUACAACAUCGCGGCCUACUUUUAUUUACUCUGCAGACAAUAUCAACAGUUUAACGAUCCACCGGCUCAACGC